ACGUGCCGCUCUCGACGUCACACAGCAUGAACUCCCUCAGCAGGCAGUUCCUCACCGAAUAUUUUGAAAGUGUGGCCCCUGGGCAAAUUAACGAAAUCAGGAUCAACGCUCGCAAGAACAUCCUGACAAUAGAUGUGAAAAAUUCCGCAAUACUUGAGAAGUUAAAGAACAUUUCACAGUUAAGCGCAAUCCCCGUCCGCUCCUUUAUUACUUACGGGAAGGAGACAACAACUGGAGUGAUUUCCGACGUAGAGCUUGAAAUCAAGCAUGCGGACCUCAAGAGUCUUUUGAGGUCAUCGGUGCGCAUUCUUGAGAUUCACCGCUUGGGGGACUCCCGAUGUAUCAAGUUAACGUUUGCUUCUUUGACAUUACCAGCGUCUGUCAAAGUGGGCUACGUUAUACACCGAGUACGACCAUUCGUUCCGAGGCCUAUUCAGUGCCGGAAAUGUCACAAGAUAGGACACGUGAGCGCUGUUUGUAGAAGCAAAGCCACCUGCUCGCGUUGCGGCGGAGAGCAUGAUAGCACCGACUGUGAGGCGCCCUCACUUAAAUGUCCCAACUGCACUGGCUCUCACGAAGCGACUUCGAAGGCAUUCCCGAAGAUGAAAUAG